AUGAAUAAAGCCGCCCGCAAGGCAGUCAACCUGAGCGUGCUCCAGCGACAUGACCCGCACAUUUCGGACAUCCUCGACAGCUCAAGCCAUGUAGUCGUUUACCAAUUUGAUGAGGACUCGCAAGCAUGGACAAAGAAAGGAGUAGAAGGCACGAUGUUUGUGUUCAAGAGUAGAUCCUCCGUUCCAUCAUAUGGAUUCUUUAUUAUGAAUCGCCUGGGUCUCGAUAACCUGAUGGCCGAUCUCACUGGGGACAUGGCAUUGCAGCUCACUUCUGAUUACAUUAUAUAUCAGCAUGGUAAAGAUAUCCACGGCAUCUGGAUCUACGAACCCACGGAUCGUGACAGGAUCGGCGAAAAGCUAAUGGAGUAA